GAUGAAUUUUUGGUGGGGAAAACACUGUUAAACGCGAGUCUCCCUGGGCGAAACAAAGCCAAUGCACCUCUGUUCAAGAAGUUAAAUCGCGGGAGCCUUAACGAAGCAAUAAAAGAAGAGAUCUAUGACCACUUCUUUUCACAGAUAAACCAGGAAGCUGCCUUGUCCAGUUGUCGUCCCGCUCAAGGCGUAUUAGUCAAAGACGAGAAACUAGUAGAAAUCACCGUCCUUAAGGGCAAGUUCUUCCAUAAGUUCGGCUUCUCCAGAGGAAAAGCUCGUUUUCUCUAUCCCGAAGAGGCAAUCUACCUAACAGAAGCUGGUUCCCUCCAGGUCUACGAUCUCGGACUUCCGCUGAGUUUACAACAACUCCAAAACACACUGCUUGAUAGUUACACAUUUGCUUGCUAUGUAGCAUACUGCCGUCUUACGCGACUGGGGUACAUUUUACGACGAAGACACCGGACUACCACUGAACCCCGUCCUACAGCUCCUUUAACAAAUAUUUUGAAUCUGGGCCCGCUCUCCUCAGCCGAACCACAGUCAUUUUCAACAUCCCUACUUGACAGCGGUCCUGAUAUUCUCAUUGCCUCCCCGUCUGGCCUUCAGCAUCUCAUGUCGGAUGCAAAUUUGCAGGACCAAGCUGUGGUACAGAAACGAUUGGACAUUGUUCAACACGGCUAUUUCAACGCUUUUUAUCCACAGCCGAUAACGUAUGAUGCUUAUGAAAAUCACAGUACACAGGAACUCGAGCAGUUUGCUAAGCGUCGGUUGGGACAACCACGAUUUGUUGUUGUGGUAGUUCGCGGGAAUAACAGAUAUUUUAUAACGAACCAGGCAUUUUUGGACUCUCUGGAACUUCCGAGAGGCACUCAAGUAGUCCUGGCCGUAGUUGACAAUGCGGAUGUGUCUCUCCACUUCCAGAAGGUUUUUUCAAUUCCAAAAUUGUCUUUUACAUAA